AAUGCAAUUAAUAAGUUUAUUCUUUUGUUAAAAAUUAGGCUAUCGAUUACAUAUUCAGCUACCAUCAUGGUGGUUAUGAGGACAGACGGUUUGAUUUAAGAUGUGCCACCGUUCCGUAUGCGUAUUCAGGGGGAUCCAGAAGUUGUGAUUCUACAGGUUCCUGGAAAAAUAACCUUGACGGGUUGCUUGAUUUCCAAUGUUCUGCAAAUCGUUAUAUUGUCGGAAUGAUAAGUGAACAUGAUGACACGACAGAAGACAGAAGAUGGAAAUUUUAUUGCUGCGGAUUCUCAAAUAUUAUUCUUCACUCAUGCGAGCUUACAGGCUGGACAAACUCUUUCGACGGAAAUCAAUACUUAAAUGUUCCUUCGGGAUAUGUUAUUACUGGAGUAAUUUCAGAACAUAGUAAUUAUUAUGAGGACAGACGAUACAAGUACAAUCUCUGUAAAGUGGACAAAGUCUGUCCUACAUGUACCUGUCCUACAUGUACCUGUCCUAAAUGUACCUGUCCUGCCUGUCCUGCCUGUGCUACCUGUCCGACUUCUACCACAUCUUCCCCACCUCCCCAAAGAGAACCUGUGAUAGAGAUACAUGACUAAAAUAUAUGUUCGUAAAAAAACAGACAAGUAUCAUAACAGUAAUGAGCUUCUUUACUACUUCCAUCACAUUACAGAAUAACUAUACUACCAGUUUAGAUGGUGUUAUUGAAUAUCAGUGAAUUGUAAUGAUAAUUGAUUUGUAAAAAUAAGUAAUUAAUAAUUAUAAGUGAUUUGUGGUGACAAAAUUCUUGUCAUUAUUAAUCAUUUGUUAUUAUUUGUAAUUUGUAACUACAGAAUUGUCAUUUAAAGUUACCAGUGAUUUGUAAUUAUCAGUAAUUUGUGGUUAUCUAAGAUUUGUAGAUAUUACUGAUUUGUAGUUAUUAUUGAUACAUAUUUUUUAGUGAUUGUGGUUAUUACUGUUUCGUAAUUAUUUGUGAUUUGUGGUUAUCAGUGAUUUGUAAUUAUUAGUGAUCUGUGGUUUACUUUUCAGAUAUUUUUAACUAUUAGUGAUUUAUUGUUAUCAGUAAUUUGUAAUUAUUAGUGAUUUGUGGAUAUCAGUGGUUUUGAUUUUAACAGACCAGUAAUUUCUUUAUGUAAAUGCUUUAACUCAAUUUACAAAGAAUUUUACAAACAAUUGUUUUUGUAGUGUUCAUUAAAUAUUAAAUAUA